AUGUCGAAAACGAUCCUCGGUAAGAUCUGUGCCAAAGCGUGGCUGGUGCUGCGGCGGCUGAGUAAAGCUGUUUUACGACAUGGUCCCCUCUUCCAGCAGGCUGCUGUUGCGAAGGCCAACGACGACUUGCUUGCACUCUGGCUUCAGCUUGGGCCGAAGCUGCCCUCACAGCUGCCCUCCCAGAAGCACGCCUGUGCUCUUGCGACUGCAUGCAAAGCACUGCCACGCUCGCUGGUGAAAAGCCGCAUCUGCGUUUCAUGGAUGCAGCAGCUCGAAGCACUUGCCCAGCAAGAUCCGCCCUUCAGAUGCAGCCCUAAAGAUCUGGAGCAAGCGGUUCAACAACUGGGGAAACUGUCGUCAGAAGACGGUUCCCUGCUGAUUGAAUAUGUCGUAACCCUGUGCGAUGCGUACAUCCAACCAGAAGUGGUCCAGCCAGAAGUGGUCCACCCUACUUCUGAGGGUGGCUACGUCCACGCCUACUUCUGA